GCGCGACAGCUCUAUGCGCCCAGGCUCCAACAACGAGUUUAUGGUCUAAUGGACCUCUUUUUUGGACAUUAUUAGUGUUUUCAGGUACUUAUAGGCGGGAUUGUAUUUCAAAAAGCCUCUCUGCAAGGCCAUCGUUCUAUGGACGCGAUUCAGAGCUUCGUUGUCCAUCCUUGAUUCAUUUCGCGACACCGACUACCAUCCUCUACCUCCCCUUGACGAUCGAUACCGAGCCUCCUUCGCUAUGGAGAACCCUGCGGCAGCUGGAGAUGCUAUGCGUACAGCAAUUGAGUACUGGUGCCAAUUCGUCGCUCGCUGUGUUUCCGAACGACUCGAGACAGACAAAUUCGAGGCCUACGUCAAGAUUGUCCACGAUCAACAUCCUCUACCUCCCACCCUCGUCGCCGACUUCUUUCUUCGCCCUCAACCUUCAGACGACAGUAGCCUCGAUCCCAGAAUACCUCCAUACCUCCAAGUCCUCACAAAAUUGGGCUAUGUUGACACACCGUCAAUACUAAGGGCCUUGUACAAGUACUCUUCAUCCCACGCACACGCACAAGCGCAAAAAGAACAUCUGCAAUUAAACACUGAAGAAGGAAAGGGAAAGGAGAAGGAAAAACAAAAGGAAAACGGGGAUGACAAAGAAAAGGUUGAAGAGAAGGGGGAUGCGCAACCCAAGAAGAACAUCAUACGGUGGAAGAGCUCUUACUGGGCCGAAGAGGUUCUCUUCUACAGACUUACUAAAUCAGUAGUCGAGGGUAGAGCGAUACAGGACUCGAGGACGGCUUUGGAGGUGGCCAUGAUCAUCUCAAAAUUCAUGGAAUUAUUCACCACUGCCCUGCCCGCAACCGCCUUCGCUGCUGAUAUGCUUGAGCAGCAGUUCCCCAGUGGCCAGCUGAGGGACGAAAUGGAGUCAUCGCGAGCAGCUCUAGUUGCACUACUUUUGCGCUUGUGCGAGAAUAACAUUCUCGUCAGCGCUAUAGGUAAACCAUUUGCGAAAGAUGUUCGAAAAGCGCUGUCCACAAGCCUAGCAAGUUUUUUGCCUGCACUGCAGCUCGUGCCGGAGAUAGCUGACAAGCUCGAACUGUUCCGCACUGAAAUUCUUGCCAGCUCUGACCCUGCAGACAAGAAGAAGCAGGUCGCCAACGCCGCCAUGGAUGAACUUCUUGAUUCUACUGUUGGUCUGGAGAACUUUGUGGUAGCACCGAUUUCUGUCAGCAAUACGAGAGCAGGUUUGUAUAUUUAUCUCAAUGCUGCGCUUAUUGGACGCCCCAUCUUGGACGAUCAUGCUCUGUUCUCCUACAUGAGUAACAAGUACGGAGCAGACAUCCAGUCAAGUGCUAUUGAUUUAAUUCUGGCAUCAUUCGACAUUCUGGCUAAUGCUGUGUUCCGCAAUGAGGGACAGAAGGACGCUCACCUCCUGCGUUCAUUUUUGAUCAACAAACUCCCCUUGCUCCUAUAUCAACUGCUGCCUCCUGGCUUCUCAGGCACAUCGGCUGAAUUCUGCAUCACAGAAGCGCUCACUCAUGUGGACACCAGCCUAUUCCCUACGGCCUCGCUCAUGUUUGAUGAGUCUAGGAACAACAACCCUUAUACUGAAAGUAUUAGAGAGGAGUUUUGUGCCGCCUGUGUCCUUCAUGGGCUUGUACAACGGGAGCACGUUGAGAGAAUCCUGGGCGAGAUUUCACUUUCAUAUGAGCCGUCUUUGCAGAAACAUUCCAAGGAUAAGCUGGUGCAGGAUUGUUUAUCUGAUAUAGACAAGAUUCAGGGUUUGGUUCGGGAGCUUGACAAGACGGAUGGCAACGUUGGGGCUGUUUGUCAAGCCCUCGUCGAGGUGCUGCGGCAAUCAUGCCACAACAAAGAGACGAUGUCUCUGAAACUGCUCUGUAGUCAGUUGGCAGCAAAGCCCCAGUCACUGGAUGUUAUCCUCCUUUUUGAGAAACUGCCAAACAUACUCGAACCUUUGUGCCAGCUACUCGACAACUGGCGAUACGAGGAAGACCAAGGCGAAUAUCAGCCUGUGUACGAGGAGUUUGGAGCAGUCUUGCUUCUUGUAUUCGCCUUUACGUAUCGUUAUAACCUUAACGCAGUGGAAAUUGGAAUUACAGCCCCGGACUCAUGGGUAGCUAGGAUAAUCGGCCGCGGGCAUAUUGGACGACAAGGUGACGAGCUUACACAGCGGGAGAAUGAUCACAUCAACGGCUGGGUCCAUGGUCUCUUUGACACAGAGGCUGGUGGUCUCGGUGACGAGUUGAUGUCUUCUUGUCCGCCACAGGAAUUUUAUCUCAUAGUGGCACCCCUUUUCCAGAGCAUCGUGGUUGCUUACACGUAUGGCUAUCUGAACGAUGAAAGCCUUAAGGGAGGAAUAGAGUACCUCGUGGAUACCUUCUUGCUGCCAUCUCUUGUCCCAGCAAUCCGGUUCCUAGCAGAUUACCUAUGGAUCGACCAGAAGGAACAAAAGUCCAUCAUCAAGAUCCUGCAGCUUAUUUUACUUCCAAGUUCAAUUUCUGGGGAAGCAAGCACAAUGCUUUCGUCUGUGAAGAAUCUUAUUGCAAAGCCUUUGGAGCAUGCUCUGCGAACAUAUCAACGCCGGGAUCCUAAGAACCAAGACAUUGAACCUCUUCUGAGAACUCUCCAGGAGAGCAUUCCUCUAUCACGCCGAACAGGGGGCACAGAUCUUAACGAGCUUGAAUCAUGGACGGCUACACCUCCGAGUGGCCUCUCCAGUGCCGUCAAGCUCACCAUUCAAGGCCUCGUUCACUGGAGCAUACAUCCUGCUAUGAACAGUAUGCCGACUUCUUAUACUCAUCGGCAAAUCCUGGCUGGACUCAAGAUUUUGGGCCCCAGACGACUGUUGCAUGUGAUCCUGGAGGAAGUAAGACAACACACGGCAGCUGGAAGCGCUAAUAUUAUCUACGACGUGGCUAUGUCGUUGAUUUGCGCGCCAGACGCCGUGAAAGAUACCCCGGUAACGGGUAUGCUUGAUGCCAAUGGCAACAUGCUUCCGCCAAUUCAACGUCAGCGAACCCUCCGUGAUCUUCUCAAGGUGGAAGUCGAAGGUUGUAGGAAGCUUCAAAAGGAAGACCCUGUGUUGGCUGAGCAUGUGGUACGCUUACUCCGUCGAGUCGAGGCGCAGAUGAUUGUUCCUCAGCCACAAGGAAUGCUUCAGCCAGCGGACAUGACACUCAACCUUACCGACGAUACUGCUGCUCUCGGGGAUGCCAUGGCUGCUGCAGCUUCAGGAGUUCAGGGCGAUAACAUGUCGGUUGACAAUCUGGCUCUCGAUGUUAGUAUGGGAGGUGUGUCGUCUGACAUGGGGCUCGGGUCUGCCACUGAUGGUGGGAAUCUGGAUCCUUCCGGCGAUGCCGCUAUGUUUGAAGGGUUUGACACACAGGACAUGGACAAUUUUAACUGGGACAUCACCGACACAUUCUAG